UUCAACUGAAAUAGAGUGAGGGGAAACGGCUCGGGAACAGCCGGCCAGGGAGACGUCCAGUGGAAAAAACUCACACAGAGCCCGCCAGCCUGACACACUUUUCAGUUGGCCGUCAGCGGCUGUGUUGACUUGUCACAUUGUUUGUUUGGUUUCUCGCUCAAAUAGAAGCCGCAUUUUUUAAUAUUCCAAAUCAGGCCGAGUAAUAUCGGAUGUGAUGUCCAGCUCGCCGCUGUCCAAGAAGCGUCGCUUGUCAGGAACAGAGACGAAGACGGGAUCCCACUGCUCCUCCUCUAACUCUGUCAGAACUGAUCUGUCCCAUACACCUGCAAACGGCAUGGCUAAGAAUGGCAAUGAUGCUGAGAUUGAUGAAGGCCUGUACUCAAGACAACUAUAUGUGCUGGGCCAUGAAGCAAUGAAGCGCAUGCAGAACUCCAAUGUCCUCAUUUCUGGAAUGAGAGGACUUGGAGUAGAGAUCGCAAAGAAUGUCAUCUUGGGAGGAGUUCGAAGUGUCACUGUGCAUGACCAAGGAGAUGCAGAAUGGCGAGAUCUCUCUUCUCAGUUUUACCUUCGUGAAGAGGACCUGGGAAAGAACAGAGCCGAGGUGAGUCAGCCUCGUUUGGCUGAACUCAACAACUACGUUCCUGUGACGGCGUAUACUGGAGCGCUCACCGAGGACUACCUUACCAAGUUCCAGGUGGUGGUGCUUACUAACUCCAACCUAGAUGAGCAGAAGCAUUUGGGAGACUUGUGCCACAGCAAAGGAGUCAAGCUGGUAGUUGCAGACACGCGUGGUCUGUUUGGCCAACUUUUCUGUGACUUUGGAGAGGAGAUGAUAGUGUACGACACCAAUGGAGAGCAGCCACUGAGUGCAAUGAUUUCCAUGAUCACCAAGGACAAUCCAGGUGUGGUAACUUGUCUUGACGAGGCUCGCCAUGGCUUUGAAAGUGGAGAUUAUGUGACCUUCACUGAGAUUCAGGGCAUGACGGAUCUAAAUGGCUGUCAGCCCGUGGAGAUUAAAGUUCUCGGUCCGUACACUUUCAGUAUCUGCGACACAACCGGCUUUUCAGAUUAUGUCAGAGGAGGAAUCGUCUCUCAGGUUAAGAUGCCCAAGAAGAUCAGUUUUAAAUCCUUGUCGUCCUCCAUGGCAGAACCAGACUUCAUAGUGACAGAUUUUGCCAAGUUCGAUCGUCCCGGACAACUACACAUAGGCUUUCAGGCCAUCCAUGCUUUCAAGCAGAAGCACAAUCGCCUCCCUACACCUUGGAGCCAGGCUGAUGGUGAGGAGCUGUUGACUCUGGCCAAAGAGCUGAACUCUGCCCAGACGGAGUCAGCCAAAGUGGAGCAGCUGGAUGAGGCUCUUAUCAAAAAGAUGUCUUAUCUUGCUGCUGGUGAUCUUUCCCCCGUCAAUGCCUUCAUUGGUGGAGUGGCUGCACAGGAAGUGAUGAAGGCAUCCACAGGGAAAUUUAUGCCUGUAAUGCAGUGGCUGUACUUUGAUGCGCUGGAGUGCCUUUCUGAAGGAGAAGAGGUUAUGCUCACAGAGGAAGAGUGCAGCCCUAGGAAUUGUCGGUACGACGGGCAGAUUGCAGUGUUCGGCAGUAAACUGCAGAAAAUCCUUGCCGACCAGCGCUACUUCCUGGUUGGAGCCGGAGCCAUUGGCUGCGAAUUGUUGAAAAACUUUGCCAUGAUUGGUCUGGCCAGUGAGGAGGGCGAGGUUAUUGUGACUGACAUGGACACCAUAGAGAAAUCCAACCUCAACAGACAGUUCCUCUUCAGACCCUCUGAUGUCACGAAAAUGAAGAGUGACACAGCUGCUGCUGCAGUGAAGCAGAUGAACCCCUCCUUCAAGAUCACAGCUCAUCAGAACAGAGUUGGUCCGGAGACGGAGAGGGUCUACGAUGACGACUUCUUCGAAAGUCUAAAUGGGGUUUCAAAUGCACUGGACAAUGUCGACGCACGUAUGUACAUGGAUCGGCGGUGUGUUUAUUAUCGGAAACCCCUGCUGGAGUCUGGUACUUUGGGCACGAAAGGCAACAUCCAGGUCGUGAUCCCCUUUGUCACAGAGUCGUACAGCUCCAGCCAAGACCCGCCUGAGAAGUCCAUCCCCAUCUGUACCCUGAAGAACUUUCCAAAUGCAAUUGAACACACACUGCAGUGGGCCCGAGACGAGUUUGAGGGGCUCUUCAAACAGGCACCAGAAAAUGCCAUGCAGUACCUCACAGAUUCUAAGUUCAUGGAGCGAACUCUGAAGCUUCCAGGAGCUCAGCCUGUGGAGGUGCUGGACGCCGUGUACAAGAGUGUUGUUACAGACUGCCCGCACAGCUGGGCUGACUGCGUGGCCUGGGCUCGCAAUCACUGGCAGUGCCAGUACAGCAACAACAUCCGCCAGCUAUUGCACAACUUCCCCCCAGAUCAGCUCACCAGCUCAGGCGCCCCCUUCUGGUCUGGUCCAAAGAGAUGUCCUCACCCCUUAGAUUUCAGCACGAGCAACUUCCUUCCUUCCUCUUUCCGCCACCUUCCAGUGAAGAACUGUUUCCGUGUGAGCAGCAGAGGGCGCUCCAAAGUCAACCCGUACUGCUUGCAGGCCAACGACUCGUUCAGCAAGCAGCAGUGGAUCACCUGCCUGCGCCAGGCCAUCGUCCAGUCACGGGACCGGACCGCUCACACCAGCCAGUCGCCGCUCUCACUCCCCCCCGACCCCGCCCUGUGUCACAUUGCGGAUCUCAGCCUCAGCUCGGACACGGACAUGGCAGACCACACCUGUUGCUGA